CCCCGCCGUGGCAUGCUGCGCCGCGCCGUCUUCUCCGACGUGCAACGCAAGGCACUGGAGAAGAUGUUCCAGAAGCAGAAGUACAUCAGCAAACCCGAUAGGAAGAAGCUGGCCGCCAAGCUGGGCCUCAAGGACUCACAGGUGAAAAUCUGGUUCCAGAACAGGAGGAUGAAGUGGAGGAACUCCAAAGAAAGAGAGCUCCUCUCUUCCGGUGGCUGCAGAGAACAGACCUUACCCACCAAGUUCAACCCUCACCCAGACCUCAGUGACGUAGGCAAGAAAUGUUCAGGAGAGGACGAGGAGGAGGAAGUUCCCACCGUGUGCCCACCCAGCCCCCGGCAUCCCUUAACCUACCACCAGUCCCCAGAACAUCUACACUUGAGGGACAGACUGGACUCCCAGAUGUCUCCUUCUCCGUCCCAUUCUAGCAGCCCCAGCAAACCUUCAGACUUCUCAGACACAGAGGAAGAGGAUGAGGAAGGGGAAGAGGAAGAGGAAGAGAUAACAGUCUCUUAG